UGGUGGUGACGUUUGCUUAAAAUGUUGGAAAUUUAUGACAAUUGCAAUCAAGAUAAUUGAUGUUGCAUUAAGAGAUGAUUUUGGAUUUAAACAUUUAUUGUGGGUAUAUUCAGGUAGACAUGGUGUUCAUUGUUGGGUUUGUGAUGAAAUUGCCAGAAAAUUAGAUGACAGUGAGAGAAAGGCUAUUGUAUCAUACUUGGGAGUUAUUAAGGGUGGCGCACAAGUACAGAAAAGAGUUGACCUUGGUCGGUACUUGCAUCCUUCCAUAAG